AUAGUGGGAAAAAUAUAGCGGAUGGGGAGGGAAUUAUAGGAGGGGAGAAUAGGGAUAUAAUAGUAAAAAAUGUUAGACCUGGUGCUCAAAGCACAUGGCUACUUAAUAUGCAUUGUUGACACAUCCCUGCCAACUCCUCCUCUCACCCAGCAAAACCCCCCAUUUCCCCUCCUCCUUCCACAGAGAAGAAUGGGCAAUAUCCUUGGGCAAUCCUUCUCAUUGACCUUACCUUCAACAGCGAGAAGGGGGUCGACACCCUGGGCAUCUCGUUGCUGGACUACAUCCGCAUCCAGGCAAUCUGGAAACCACCUCCACUGUAUACAGGACCCACCCGGUGUACAGCUGCAUAAUCACCAAGGGCGGCGUGAUUAUGCCGGUUUAUCACUGAGCACGGGGCUCCACAUCCUCGGAGUCAUUCCACCUCCACCAGUUCAUCCCAGUCCCUCCGAUUCUGAUUGGGAGCCCCCACUGGCAAGGUGCCCAUCCCCGACAGGAGCUGGAUCAUCUAGCCGGACCCCUGCUGUCUCCGGCUCCACACCUACCCCCGCCCUGCAAGGUGUGAAGUCUGACAAAGAAGCAGAGGUGGGGAAGGGCUAAAUCUGCAAUCAGAGAGGAGGAGGGUCGUUGGCACUCUGUGCUGGAGGAGGAUGUGGGUGCCACCACCUCCAGUAUUCAGACCGAAGAGGCCAUCAGGACCUCAGCUGGACAUGACGUCUAAGUACAGCCCCAUGCAACUUUUUCAGCUGUUUUUCACCUCGGCAGUUGUUGAUUCCGUGGUGUCGAACACAAACAAGUAUGGUGCUAAGAAGCAGGCAGGCAAGAAAGAGGGAUGGAAGCCCAUUUCCAUGUCAGAUCUUUUUUGUUUCAUGUCAAUGGUCAUGUACAUGGGUACAUUGUGAAGCUAAAAACCCUGAAAGAUUACUGGAAAACUGCUCCCCUCUAUCAACUGCCUUUCCCGUCCACGGUCAUGUCAUGCAAGAGGUUUCUGACAAUCUCACGGGCGCUUCAUAUCAGUGACCCAGAAGUUGAUGAGGACAACGAGAAGAAGAGAGGCACAGCAAGGUUUGAUAGGCUGUGCAAAAUAAAACCUCUCUACCCCAGCAUCGUUGAGGCUUGCAAAACCUAUUUUCAGCCUGCCCAGAACAUUUCCAUCGAUGAGAGGAUGGUAGCUUCAAAAGCCAGAAUUGGCCUAAAACAAUACAUGCGCAACAAACCAACUAAAUGGGGUUACAAACUGUUUGUUUUGGCUGAUUCUGUGUGUGCAUACACGUGCAAUUUUUUUGCUUAUGAGGGGAAGAACAGUUUUGCGACCGGUAAGGGACUUAGUUAUGACUCUGUUAUGCAGUUAUUAGAUUUUCAACUGCUGGGGAAGGGCUACAAACUUUUUGUGGACAACUUUUACACAAGCCCUACCCUGUUUACAGAGCCGAGGAAGCGGGAUGUGUGGGCUUGUGGCACCAUUCGGCCCAAUAGAGUGGGCUUUCCAAAAACCAAGGUGAAUGACAUGCCUAAGCGGGCUACCAUGAGAUGGAUCCGUGAAGAUGGCCUGCUCUUUGUGAAGUGGAUGGUGGUCAUGUGCUCCAGUAUCCACAAGUCCUUCAGUGGAGAUCACGUCGUCAGGCGUGUGAAGGACGCUACUGGGGCAUGGACCACCAAAAAUGUCCCCAUUCCUGAAGCCAUCAAGGACUACAACAAGAGCAUGGGAGGUGUAGACCUCUCUGAUGCGCUUAUAGGAUACUAUAAUGUUCUCCACAAGACAAUGAAGUGGUACAAGACAUUUUUCUACCAUUUUGUUGACAUUUCUGGAGGAUGAAGGCAUUCACCACAGCAGGAAAUGGCUCAGAGCUGUGGACAUCCCCCCAUCUCACAGCUAGCCUUCAGGGAGCUGCUCAUCCAGGAGCUUGCUAGCUACAGCAAGUCCACUGUAGCACCUUCUGUCCCCAUCUACGUCUGGCCCCUCUGCUCCAACCAGUAGUGCAGCAACAAUAAAAACAGAAAACAAAUGUUUAUUUCCUUGUAUUUUCUUCUACCAGAUCUAUGGUGUUCUAUUCUCCUACAUUCAAUUCACAUUUACACAAAAUUCAGAGUGUUUCCUUUCAAAUGGUACCAAGAAUAUGCAUGUCCUUGCUUCUGGGCCAGAGCUACAGGCAGUUAGAUUUGGGUAUGUCUUCAGGCGGAAAUUGGAAAAAGUGGAGGGGUAGCUUUAAGAGGUUUGCUUAACGUUAACAGCAACAGCUCUCCCACCCUAAUCGUGCAUUGUUCUCUCAGGUACCAGAGCAAAUGCAAUGCAUUUCCAGGCAUUCCUGUUGGAUGGACUGGUGAGGUGGAACGAGGACCGUGCACAGGCAGCAGUGGAGGGAAAGAACAGGAAGCCCCUGCUCUCCUACAGUGGC